AUGGGCCCUGCCGUCUCCGACGUCGGACAGUAUGGCGACCGACUGUGUACUUACAACGCGAGAACAGUGUACACAGACGCUGACCUGCAUGCCCUUCUCGAAGCUGCAGAGUUUAUCAAAUUUCACGUGGUUGCUCUGCAGGAGACCAAGUGCAGAAGGAGCGACGUACGACAGAUGAAUGACGGUACACUCGUCAUUCGUGGAGAGAAGGUUCCGUCGCGAAAUGUAGGCGGUGCUGGUUUUGUUGUGUACCCAUCUGUCGUCCACCCUGUCGAUUCUCACGGAAUCCUGUCACCUCGUCUGGCCAUUCUUCGCCUCCGCCCUCUGCGCCAAAAACCCAUCAGUAUCAUCAACUGCUACUCACCAACAUCAGCAGCUGAUGAAUCGUGA